AUGCAGACUCCUGAUCCCACUCCACCUGGCACGGAUCCCACAGCCACAGCAAGCGAACCCCCCGCGCCGCCGGAUGUGCAAUCAGUCUCUGACGUCCCCACCAGAGUUAUAGGCUCAGACAGGACCUCGACCGCAGGAGCCAAGGUCAUCACCCGGGCUACGUCAACCCCCUUGACACACCGUCGGGUUAGGCCCCGUCUCGCCAUCGCCGCCGGUCUACCUGGCCUGGCAGGACGAUGGUUCAAGAUCCCCUUCUCACGAGCACUCCCGCAGGGCAAAACCAAAGGGGUCAAGCCUAAGCCUAAAUCGCUUCGUCGUUCUCUCUUAUCGCGCUACCGCCAGUGGGUGGCGCGGACUCGUCAAUCAUCCAAAUCUCACCACACCGUCGAAUCCGCCUCCACCCUCUGCAAGUCCCGGGGUACUACCGGCUCUCCAAAACGCCAUCCCAGGCGGGUGGUCAAGAUCUACAACCUCAGGCCUAGGGGGACCAAGGGCUAUAACCUCAGGCCUAGAGUGUCUGCCGGUGUGGCCUCCACUUCAGUCACGCCCAAGCGGGGCUAUGUACGGUAUGACACCUCCCUACAUCCACCAUGGGCCUGUUGCUAA